AUGAGCAAUCAUGUAAGUGGUAUACCUGGUAGUCCGGAAAAGAGCUACAAGAUGAUGUAUAGCUAUUUGUACAUGUUAAAGCAAGUGAAUCCAGGAACAAAAACUUGUGUGAAAUUGGAUGAUGCAAGUAAAUUCAAGUACCUCUUCAUAGCUUUGGGAGCUUGCAUUGAAGGGUUUGCAUUUAUGAGGAAAGUGAUAGCUGUGGAUGCGACAUCGCUGAAGAACAAAUAUGGUGGUGUUCUAGUUUUCGCGGAAGCUCAAGAUCCUAAUGGUCAAAGUUAUCCACUUGCGUUUGCAGUACUAGAUAGUGAGAAUCUUACUAGUUGGACUUGGUUUUUCGAGAUGCUUAAAAGUGUUAUACCAGACUCUUCUGAACUGGUUUUCAUGAGUGAAAGAAAUCAGAGUCUGAUCUUCGCUAUAGGAAGCGUGUUUCCAGAGGCUCACCAUGGGCAUUGUUUAUGGCAUUUGAAGGAAAAGGUGAAAUGGCAUGCUGGUAACGUCAACAAGGUUAUAGUCGGACAUAAAUUUAUGGAGUUGGGCAGAUAUUACACGGUGGAUGACUUCAACUCUGCUUACGACUCAUUUGAAAAAAGAUAUCCUGCUGUGUACAAGUAUGUGCAGGAACAUACUGAAAAGGACAAAUGGGCAAGAGUUUUUUUCCCACGUGACAGGUACAACUUCGAUACAAUCAACAGUGUGGAAUCAAUGAAGAGCGUGUUUAAAGAGGCAACGACGUGGGCAUUAAUACCAAUGUUGGAUUGUAUCGUCAGGAAAUUCUCUGAUUGGUUCACUCAACGGAAGGAAGCUGUUUCUAGAUCAAUCGAUACAAGCCUGGUGCCUCUGGUUGAGAACUACUUGCACGGUCUAUGGGAUGUUGCACAAAAGCUAUCUGUACGGGAGAUUAAUAGUUAUGAGCUUAAGUACGAGAUCACUGACACUGCUGGAAAGAUGUUUUGGGCGAGCUUGGUUGAAAAAUCUUGUACUUGCAAGGUGUGGGAUUAUGAAAAGUUUCCUUGCCUGCACGGACUGGCAGCUUACAUCUAUUUCACUACGAAUGUUGAUGGCGGCCUUAAUAUCCAUGAGCUGUGCUCAAAAUACUAUUGGACGGAAUUGUGGGCUUUGGCGUAUGACAGGACACUUUGUGUUGUGCCCGACAUGUCUUCUUGGAAUGUACCAGAUCAGAUUAAGGAGGUGAAGAUCAUACCUCCGGAUCGCAUCUGGAGGAAGGGAAGGAAAAGAGUUGGAUGA